CCGUCUUCCCCACCUCGUGGGCUGGUUUUGGAAUGCGCAGUCGGAAUCCCGAAUGGUGGUUCCUUCCGUCUUGUCUGAUUGUUCGGUACCAGCGGACGCGCGUGCGAGUGGCGACGGAGCAUGAAAGUGGGUUCGGGUGAUCAUCACCCGUCACCCGCCUCGUGUGUUUUUUUUCUUGGGUCUUCAAUGGAACACGGAUGGCACUUGCAUCGUUCGAAGGAAUCGAUCGUUUUUGCUUUAGCGUGAAGAAAGUGCUCUUGAAUCAUGAGGCGAAAGAUUAGUUCGCUACUGCGCUCGGCGGGUUGGCCGCGUUUUCAUAGGAGUUCGAUUUCAGCGUACGUGGGAAGAGAAGUCAUCGAAUGGGCUUGAUGUCGCUUGUUGCCAAAACUCAACUCUGCUGGACCGUGCAUCGGAUGACUUAAUUGGUUUCGUGUUGGUAGUUUAGGCGAGGCUUGGCUGGUUCAUUCGCAAUGAUUGGUUGAGAGAAGUUAUAGCAGGCUGUCCCUCACAUGGAGGCGCAUUUAGGGAUGGACAUUGCGACUGAAGAAGACUAUGCUUCCCAGUCUCGAUUACUUAAAGAGUUCACUGACAUUCGCAACAUUGACAAGGCAUGGAUAUUUAAGUCCGAAAAUGGAAAAGGCUCCAAGGGUAUGUUUUCACUUAGCCAGCCAGAUCUUCUGGCAAACAAGAUGAGGAAAUUCAUCCUAUCUGCUCAUAUCUCCAGCGAAACUAGCAAAUCCACAACCUUUCAAUGGGCCCCAUUCUCCGUCGAGACGGAAAACGCUUCUAUUAUUGUUCCUUCACCCUCGGGCUCCAAGCUUCUUGUAGUGAAAAAUUCUGAAAAUGAUUCUCCAACUCGAUUUGAAAUCUGGGGUUCAUCUCAGUUGGAGAAGGAGUUCUGUGUUCCCCAAUCUGUCCAUGGUUCUGUGUUUACAGAUGAUUGGUUCAAGGGGAUAUCUUGGAGCCACAAUGAAUCUCUCAUUGCUUAUGUUGCGGAAGAGCCGGCUGCUUCCAAGCCCAACUUCGACAGUUCUGGCUAUAAAAAGGGUAACUCAAAUGAAAAAGAUUGUUGCAGCUGGAAAGGUCAAGGUGACUUUGAAGAGGAGUGGGGGGAAACAUAUGCAGGAAAAAGGAAGCCAACUCUCUUUGUUGUCAAUACUAAGAGUGGAGAAGUACGAGCUGUUCGAGGAAUCACGAGCUCUCUUAGUGUUGGCCAGGUCAUAUGGGCACCAUCGGAUGAAUAUAUGGUUUUAGUUGGGUGGUCAUCAAAUCUAAGGAAGUUUGGCAUCAAGUAUUGCAACAACAGGCCUUGUGCAAUAUAUGCGGUUAAAAACCCAUUCCAUCAAUCAGAAGCUGAUAAAGUUGAUCUCAAAGCUGAUGCUGGUGAAGAUUCUCCUUUGUGUAAUUUAACGCAGAGCAUCGGUAGUGCUUUCUUUCCGUGUUUCAGCCCGGAUGGGAAGUACCUCGUCUUUUUAUCAGCUAAGAGUGGAGUGGACUCUGGAGCGCAUUGGGAUACUAAUUCACUCCAUAAAAUAAAUUGGCCAAUGGAUGGGAAACUGAGCCUACACAGAAGUAUUGCCAAUGUGGUCCCCAUCAUCAUGAAUGCUGAAGAAGGGUGCUUUCCUGGGCUUUACUGCACCAAUGUGCUUGCUAACCCGUGGCUUUCUGAUGGAUGCACAAUGAUCCUGACUUCCUCAUGGCGGAGCAGUGAAGUGAUACUUGCGGUUAAUGUGCUAAAUGGCAGUGUAUCACGAAUCAGCCCUAUGGAGUCGGAUGCUUCAUGGGAAAUUCUUGCUCUUGAUGGGGACAACGUUAUUGCUGUUUUUAGCAGUCCGGUAGAUGUGCCUCAGCUCAAGUAUGGUUAUCUUAUUGAUAAAAUACCAUCAAGUGCUUCAUGGAGUUGGUUGGAUAUUUCAAGUCCAAUAUUCAAAUGUUCUGAGAAGGUAGAAAUGUUGCUUGCGUCUUGUCAAUUUAGGCUAAUUAAAAUUCCAGUCAAGGAUGUUUCUACUUGUACAACAAGAGGUGCUACAAACGACUUUGAGGCAAUUUUUGUAUCAUCAAAAUUGAAAAACGACGUGCCUGAUCCACUAAUCGUGAUCCUUCAUGGUGGGCCACAUUCUGUCUCCACUUCAAGUUUUUCAAAGUCCGAGGCUUUUCUGUCUUCACUUGGAUUCAGCUUACUAAUUGUGAAUUACAGAGGUUCAUUAGGAUUUGGUGAGGAAGCAUUGCAAUCACUACCGGGAAAAGUUGGUUCACAGGAUGUCAAUGAUGUACUUACAGCAAUAGAUCAUACCAUCGAGAUGGGACUUGCCAAUCCAUCCAAAAUAGCCGUGAUUGGAAUUUCUCAUGGUGGCUUCUUAACCACCCAUUUGAUUGGCCAGGCACCGGAUAAGUUUUGCGCUGCUGCCGCAAGGAAUCCUGUUUGUAACCUCGCAUUAAUGGUCGGCACUACAGAUAUUCCCGAUUGGUGCUACGUAACCUCAUAUGGAGUCAAAGGGAAGAAUAUUUUCACAGAAGCACCUUCAGAAGAACACUUGAGUCUCCUAUAUAGCAAGUCUCCCAUCUCACAUGUUCAUAAGGUCAAGACACCUACCCUUUUCCUUCUUGGUGCUCAGGAUCUCCGAGUCCCAGUCUCUAACGGGUUACAGUAUGCCCGAGCACUAAGGGAGAGAGGAGUAGAUUGUAAAGUCAUCUUAUUUCCCCACGAUGUUCAUGCUAUUAAAAGACCACAAUCUGAUUUUGAAAGCUUCCUGAAUGUUGGAGUAUGGUUCAAAAAGUACUGCAAAUGAGCAAGAGAAUGAAGCUGCGCCGUUGCUGUUUGGAUAACAGUCCGGAUGCCUCAAAUGUGGUAUUCGGUCAUUGUCUAGUAAUAUUAUUUGACAAAAUUAUUGUUCAAUUAAGAAGGACAGAAUCCUCAACUCAUGAUAUAUGGCUUGCUCCUAAUGAGCAUGCGUAUUGCGCUAUUCCUCUUCUACUUUUCGGCCAAGCCGGUCCUCGUUUUGUAGUAAUAAGAUCGACACUGGAUGCUUGUAAAUCAAAUAUGCUUCUUUAACCAAAUUUAUGAUGUCCUUCAGC